AUGACCCCUACAACUACACACGCUUUACUCGCUAAGUAUUCUCCUUUAUAUAAAGAAACUACUCAGCACCAAUUGACUAAUAAAUUAUGUCAAGGUACAUUAAAUGAUCGUACUCUAUACAUCUAUUUAGCUCAAGACCUAAUGUUUUUCGAAAGUAGUCUAAGGUUAAUUUGUAAAGCAACUUCCUUAGCUCCAGAAUCCGAUAGUCUGUUAACGUUAGCUAAAAAAAUCGGUUUUUUCGCUAAUGAUGAAAAUACAUAUUUUAGAGAUUGUUUAAAAGAGGUAGAAGCUGCCGUACCAUCUAGUGAGGAACGUCACAAAUUUUUAAAGGAAAUGUUACCUGGGGUCAAUGAAUAUAUUAAAUUCAUUGAGGAAAGUGUCGCUGAUACAAGUCUGACAUAUGCCCAAUAUAUCACAAUCAUUUGGGCUUGCGAACAAAUUUAUUUAAGUUGGGCACAUGAAUCACCAAAGAAGAAAGAUUUGCAUUGGAAGCAUCAAACUUGGAUCGAUCUACAUGAUGGGGAACACUUCAUUUCAUGGUGUGACUUCUUAGAAGCAGAAGUAAAUAAAUUUUCAAUUGAACAAGUUGAAAAACAAUUUACUGCUGUUUUACAACAUGAAUUCAAUUUCUUUGAUAAUUGUUACAAAGCUUGA